UGUUAGUCGUUGAUUGAAAGGUGGUGCGCAAGACGAGAGCACCCACAAAAAUGCUCAACAACUAACUGAGUUGUUUGGAAAUACAAAUAGAAAGGAAACGCCCUCAACUUCUAUGGCACUACAAUGUGUGAUCCAGCCUAAAAUGUGGUUAGGCCUCAAGCAGAUAUUACUCUACGUGGGGCUCCUGCUCUGCGUUGUUCUUCAGGUCUGUCGCAGCAAGACCCAACUUCAGCUCAACUGUCCCAGCGUCUGUCACUGUGAUCUAUAUGCACAACGUAAUCGCGCCAUAUGCAGCGCCAAACGCUUGAUAAGCGCCAGCAUUGAAAUGCCUAAAAGUGUGGAGCUCUUGGAUUUGAGCUACAAUGAUAUCACCAACAUUGACGCCGAUUGUUUUGAGACCACCGUGCACUUGAUCAAUCUCACGCUGGCUCACAAUGCCAUUCACACGCUUCAUGUGGAUGCCUUUGCCAAGCUGCGUCGCCUGCGUUCGCUCGAUCUCUCCUUCAACUGGCUGGAGCAGGUGGACGAGCAUUUGCUGGAGACAAACUCGCAGCUGAUGCACCUCAAUCUGGAGGGCAAUAAACUUGCCACCUUAGGCAGUGGUCCUCUUCUAAGAAGUGUUUCACUGCGCUCCCUCAAUCUGCGCAAUGCACAGAUCAAUCAGUUGAGUUCAGAGACGCUGAGUGCUUUGCCAGAGUUGCGUCAGCUGGAUGUGGCACAGAAUAUGCUGAUAACACUCAGCAUCAAUGUGUUCCAUGCACCGCGAUAUCUGGCCUCGCUCAACAUCGAGGAGAAUCCACUCAACUGCGAUCGUGCGUUGGGAAAGGUCGCCACCUGGCUGAGUGUGCGAGGUGUGAGCCUCAGCAUGAGCGAUUGCUUCGAGGAGAAGCCGCAAACACAUCCGCUUGAUGUGCAGCUUGACACGACCUCUGAUGAACCACUCAAAUUUGAGCGAUUGGAGGAACAGCACUCGGAUGACGAACCCAAACCUGUGGCGGAAGUGUGGCGCGAGUUGCCCGACGAAUCGGACGAGCAAAAAGUGGAGGAGGAGGAGGAGGCGGAAGAGCAGCGACAGCAAAACGAGGAAGAGUUGUCGACACUUAUCGAUGUGUGCGAGGGCAAUCGGGAGUUGCUUUGCCUGCGCUAUCGCAAUUGCCUGGAGCGCGUCAGUCACGAGCUGCUCUCUGGAGGAGCGGCUCAGCCAGGUGCUGACCAGGUGCCAGGCACGCACUCCUUUGACGAGGACGAUGUGAAGCUGGCCUUUGCAGUGGGCGCUGCCACCGGCAUCUGUAUGGUCAUUUUCAUCAUCAGUUUCGCUUUGUGCGUGAAAAGCGGCUGCGAGCUGCGAAAGAAGCGACAGCAAACGACGGCAGACGGCGGUGAAACAUCCACCCUAAACUCCUCGCAACAGCAGCUGCCCACAAUUCACACCUGGGCACCACCUCCUCGCUCCCGCCAUCCGCGUCGCUCUAAUCCACAACGAAGCCGCAAUGCCCCAUCAAGAGCCUUGGUGAGGCAACCCUAUGGACCCGAGGAUAACUUUGUGUCGCGACUCUUUGGCCGCCCAGCAAGACAUCAGUACUAUCGCACCAUAAACCAGAACACGGCGACGCUCAUCAGGCGACUGAGUCGCAGCAAUCUGUUCAGCAGUCGCGAUCGAGAGUCGAGCAGUCCCGAGUCUCCGCCGGUGUCAACGUCUCGCUUCUACACGGACGUUGUGGAGGCGGGAGCGGCACGCCCCGAGACACCGCCGCCCAAUUAUGGCGAUGUGGUGGUCAUCGAGAAUUGUGAUAACAAAUAGCCAACAAGCAGUAACUAAUAAUCAAAAGUGUAGAGUGUAGCUAAUAAAUGUUUAAAGACGAUUUAAGACAGCAGCAGCAUUUUUACAACAAAGAGUUGAGAGUAGUUGAUGUUCACAUUUCUACUUGGUUUAUUUUUUUCCAUUUUUUUUUGUUUUGUCACAUACAGAAAACAGAAAUAUCAAUUGGGGAUUCCAAAUUUUUCUUCAACUACUUUUUUCAGUUGCUUGCCUUGCUUUUGUUUGCUGGUUUUGGUAGCAUUACUUUUACACGACUGCAACAAAUCGCAAUAAAAACUUUUGACAAAACUAUCAAAGUUGCCAUGAAAUGGGAACAGGAAGAAAGGAGACUUUCUGAAAUUGCCACAGCCACAGCUCUGAACCCUUCCUUCCCCCCCACUAACGCUUUGCCGAAAAAUGCCGAAAAAAGAAUUUAAGUAAGAAAACUUUACACACUCAAAUAAAUGCUGAAGCGUGUGCAAAAAGGGAGCAGGAAAUGAAGAGGGCGCUCGCCAAGCUGAGCGGAUGUAGCAAGACAAAUCGAAAACGCCACAAAAGAAAACAAAAAAAAAAAAUAAAACCCAAAAACCCCACCGAAAAAAGCCCUUCGAAAAAAAAGAAACGUACAGCGAAAAACCUCCAGCGAAAAAGCGGGCAAAACCCAACAAUUUGCACUGUAAAGCAGCAAAAGUGUCUCAAAAGAAUCAACCACCAAAACUAACCAAACCACCAUACGACAAAAACCAAAAAAAAGUGAAGUUAAAACACUAAAGUCAAAAGUAUUAGACGAACUCAUAUCCUACGUCUUUUUUUUAGUAUUCAGUUUGCACAAUUACUUAACCAGCUAUUUUACAAAAUUAGUUGUUAUAGAAUCAGAGUGCGAUAACUAUGGUCGUAAAUUUAAAAAAAAACUAAUUAGUUUUUCUAUUGUUACACACGACUAUAAACCCCUUUUCAGGUCAGUUUUACUGGGUAUAAACAUAAGACCAUAAAAAAUGUUAUAUGAGUAAAGAAAGAAACCGGAAAAGUUUGCGCUAAAAGUGAGUCUUGUUGAAGAAUGUGUAAAUACACUGAACGAAAUCAAAUUCUUAAGAUAUCAAAAUAAA